GGAGAGAAGAGAGUAAAGAGAGAGAGAGAGUAUAAAUACAGUAGGAUAGAGUAAAAAAGAGUAGAGAUAGAAUAAGAGAGAGGGUAGAUUUAGAGUAAAGAGUAGAGAUAGAGUAAGAUUACGAUAGAGUAAGAGAGAGAAAGAGGGAGAGAAGAGAGUAAAGAGAGAAAGAGAGAGAUAGAGUAGAAAUACAGUAAGAGAGUAAAAAAGAGGAGAGAUAGAAUAAGAGAGAAGGUAGAUUUAGAGUAAGAGAAAGAGUAGAGAUAGAGUAAGAUUACGAUAGAGUAAGAGAAAGAGGGAGAGAAGAGAGUAAAGAGAGAGAGAGUAGUAAUAUAGUACGAUAGAGUAAAAAAGAGUAGAGAUAGAGAAAGAGAGAGAGAAGAGAAUAGAGAGAGAGAAGAGUGUAUUGAUAGAGUAAGAGAGAGAGAGCACGCAGCAAAGGAGAGAAAGAGUGGAGAGUGUGAGAGAGAGGCAGAUAAAGAGAGAGAGAAUAGAGAGAGCAUAACAAACUAGAGAGAGAGAGUAACAAAUGUAGAGUGAGAAAGAGGAUAGAGAGGGGAGUGGAAAAGAAUAGAGAGAGAGAAAGAGAGAGAGAAAGAGAGGCGUGUACUGUGUGGAAGAAGUAAGGAGGGAGGCAAGGCUUUAAGAGGAGAGAAAAAGAGAGCGAGAGACGCAGAUAGAGACAUAAAGAGAAAGAGAGAGAGAGAGAGAGAGAGAGAGAGAGAGAGAGAGAGUCAGUAAGGCAGUGCUUAUUCCACUCACUCUACUCUCCUCUACGAGAUACAGCUGAACAGAAGGAAAGAAGAGACAGAGUGAAGAAGAGAGUCACAGAGAGAGAAAGAGAGAGAGAGAAAGAGACAGAGCAGCAGAAGUAUAUAUAUAUAUAUAUAUAGAGAGAGAGAGAGAGAGAGAGAGAGUAGGGGAAGACGGGAGGACGCUGGUGGCAGGAGGAAUAUUAGAGCAGGCUGGAUUAGAUUUCACUGCACUGUGUAGGAACACACACUCACUCAGCAGGAGAGCCGGAGGUGUGUGUGUGUGUGAUGUGUGUAUUCAGGAGUGUGUAUUAGUUGUGUAUCAGGUGAUUUAAAGUGUGUGAGAGUCUUCAGACUGAGUCUAGUCUGGUGUGAUCCAGUCAUGGAGAGAGGAUUGUCUCUGGUCUGGGUUCUGCUGCUGCUGAUUGCUGGUUCUUUAACUGGAGCCUGGAAACCAUCUCAGCCCAGACUGCAGUUCACACACUCAGAUCUGGUGAGAAGUGGGAGGUUAUUUUCUCUCCCUCUUUCUGCGGGGGAUCUUCAUUCUCUGCUGCCUGAUGAAGACGGUCGUCGGCUUUACAUCAGCAUGAAGGACUAUCUGCUCUCCACCAGCCUGGACGACGUAACUCAACCUCCCCGCAAGAUUUACUGGCCAGCGAUUCCAGAGCGAAUCCAGGACUGUCUGAUGGCUGGAAAAGACCCCCAGUUGGAGUGUGGUAAUUUUCUGCGAGUUUUGGAGGCCUAUAACCAAACUCAUCUUUACGCCUGUGGAACCGGAGCCUUUAACCCUCGCUGUGCCUUCAUCCCCGUCCACCUCUUCCGUAUGGCUGAGGAGCAAACCCUGCAGUAUGAGCAGACUGAGACUGGUAAAGGAAAGUGUCCCUACGACCCCCACCAGCGCACCGCUACUGCCGUCAUCGAUGGAGAGCUGUAUGCUGGCAUCACAUCGGACUUCAUGAGUCGUGACUCCGCAUUUUUCCGCAGUCUGGGAGAGCGGCAUGUGAUCCGCACCGAGCAAUACGACCCAACCUGGCUACAGGAGGCGGAGUUUGUGCAUGUGGCGAUGAUGAAGGAGAGUGAUAAUGAGGAAGAUGAUAAGGUCUAUAUGUUCUUUACUGAGCGCGCUCAGGAGGCCGAGGGGCCGGCCGGGAAAGUUCUGUACUCCAGAGUCGCCCGCGUCUGCAAGAAUGAUAUCGGGGGUCAGCGCAGUUUGGUGAAUAAGUGGAGCACGUUUCAGAAAGCUCGAAUCGUCUGCUCUGUUCCCGGACCCGACGGCAUUCAGACACACUUCGACCAGCUCCAGGAUAUCUUCAUUCAGUACGGCCGAGACAAGAGGAAUCCUCUGAUCUACGGGCUCUUCGCCACCAGCAGUGACGUGCUGAACGGAUCAGCAGUGUGUGUGUACCGCAUGCAGGACAUCAUCCGGGCUUUCAAAGGAAAUUUCUACCACAGGGAGGGGCCACAGUACAAGUGGGCGGAGUUUACAGGCAAAGUGCCCUAUCCCAGGCCUGGAACAUGUCCGAGCAGUACUUACGGAAGCUUCCUCUCCACACGGGAGUAUCCUGAUGAUGUCAUCUUCUUCAGCCGCACCCAUCCACUAAUGCAGGAUGUGGUGCUCCCAUUGGACGGACGGCCUCUGUUGAUCCGAGUGGGCGUGAACUAUAAACUGACCCGUCUGGUUGUGGACAGAGUGGAGGCUGUGGACGGACAGUAUGAUGUUCUGUUCAUUGGAACAGACUCUGGGCUGGUGCUAAAGUCCAUAUACCUCCACAAUGACAGACAGCAAAGUCAACAUCAAGAAGUCACACUGGAGCAGCUGCAGGUGUUUAAGCACAAAUCUCCAAUCACAGCCAUGACUCUGUCCAAGAAGAAGUGGUUGUUUGCGGGCUCGGCGGAGGGCGUGUCUCAGCUGGCUCUGUUUCAGUGUGAUCUGUACGGUCAGGCGUGUGCUGAGUGCUGUAUGGCCCGAGACCCGUACUGCACCUGGGACGGACACGCCUGCAGCCCCUACAUACCUGUUCCACGCAGGAGGAACACUCGGCAGGUUGGUGAUGACGGGAAUCCUUUAAACCAGUGUGUUCGACAGGGAGCUGGGCUGCAGGUGCAGACUGAAGAGAAGGCUAUAGUGGUUGCCGUGGGUAACAGCACUUACCUGGAGUGUUUACCUAAAUCCCGCCAUGCUGCUGUUACCUGGUUCAAACAGACGGGAGAGAACAGUCUAGAACUACACCAGGUGACGUCAGGUGAUCAACUGGUGGUGAUUGACAGGGGGAUUCUCAUCCCGAGGGCGGAGCUUAACCACGGUGGUAUAUACCACUGCCAGCUGGAGGAGCACGGCUUCCGCUGGACCGCCGUAACCAUCCGCCUCACCGUGUGGAACCCCGCCCAGCGCUUCGCCCCAGACUCCGCCCAGCCCUGGUACCAGGAUGUGAUGAGCCUCAUUCACCCUGGAAACCUGGAGCUCUACUGCAAAGAGCUCGGCAAACGCCGCCACGGCACCAACGCCUUCAAACAACCGGAUCAGAACAAGCGGGACAAGAAACGAGGGGAUAAACACAAACCUGGAGGGAAGGGAGGAGAGAGGGAGCGAGGGAAAGGGAGGAAGAACAGGAGCAGGAUGGAUCAUUUGGGCUCCAGAUCUCCGAGGAGCGUCUGAAGAGACGUGAACGUGAACUCUGUUAAAGUCUGGACUCAUGUGGACCUGAACCAGAACUCUAUAAAACUCUUUGUAUAAAAUAUACAAACAAAACUACACAUAGAAAACAGUGGAUUGCAAAAGUAUUCAUACCCCUUUUACCACUUUUUCACAUCGUCUCCUUACAACCACAAACUUAAAUGUACAGUAUUUUAUUGAGAUUUUAGGUCAUAGACCAACGACACAAAGUAGCUAGUUAAAAUAAAAAUCUGAAAAGGGAAAAUAGUAGAGCCACCUUUUCCAGCAAUCACAACAGCAAGUUUUUUGGAGCUUAUCUCCACCAGCUUUGAUCAUCUAGAGACUUUUUUAGAGAUGUUUCCUCCAUUCUUCUUUAUAAAUCAGCUGAAGAUCAGUCAGGUUGGAUGGAGAGCGUUGGUCUGUGAACAACAGUUUUCAUGUCUCUCCACAGAAGAUCAAUGAGAUUUAAGACUGGAUCAUUGUAACACAUGAAUAUUCUCUGAUCUAAAUCAUUAUAGCUCCACUGUAGCUCUGGCUGUAUGUUUAUGGUCAUCGUCUUGUCGGAAGGUCUUGAGUCUUUUACAGCCUCCAACAGGCUUUCUUCUUCCAGGAUUGGUCUGUAUUUAUUUAUCUCCAUCCAUCUUCCAUCCAUCAACUCUGACCAGCUUCCUAAAUCUGCUCCUGCUGAAGAAAGAAAAGCAUCCCCACAGCAUGAUGCUGCCAACACCAUGUUUCACAGUGGGAUGGUGGGUUUUUGCAUUCAGGCCAAAAUGUUCAACUGUGGUUUGAUAUGAGCACAGAACCUUUUUCCAUAUGUUUGCUGUGUUCCUACACGGCACUUUCUUUCUACAAUGGUUUUCUUUUUGCCUUGAUCUCUUUCAUAAAGAUCAGAUUUGUGGAGUUUUCCUGAUCCACCUGAGCUGUGGAUCUCUGCAGCUCCUCCAGAGUGACCAUGGGCCUCUUGGCUGCUGCUUCUCUUCUCUGAUCAGUGCUCUCCUUUUUGGAUCUGUCAGUUUGGGUGGAUCUUGGUCAUGCCUUGGUUUGUUGUAGGUUUGUAGAAACAGUUGUAGAAUAGUUUUUCCUUCAUUAUUGGAUGAUGGAUUGAUGGAACAGAGCUGCUUGGGAUGAUUAAAGCUUGGGAGAUGUUUUUUUUUUAUAACCUAACCCUGCUUUAAACAUCUUCUCCACAACUUUAUCUCUGACAUUUCUCUGUCUGGUGAGUUCCUUCUUGGUCUUCAUGAUGCUGUUUGUUCACUAGUGUUCACUAACAAACCACUGAGAUCUUCACAGAACAGCUGUAUUUAUACUGAGACUAAAUUAUUACACAGAGCUGGAUUAAACUCUAUUAACUCAUUUAAGAAUUUAAUACUUUUAAUGGCACUGGAUUUUAUUUAGGGGUUUCAGAGUAAUGUACAUCACACUUCUCAGAUUUUUAUUUGAUUACAAUUUUAAAAACCUUGCAUUAUUAUUAUUGGUCUAUCACUUUAAAUCUCAAUAAAACACAAUUACAUUUUUGGUUGUAUGGAGACACAAUGUAAAAAAACCUUCAAGGGGUAUGAAUACUUUUGCAAGACACUGUAUUUAUUCACACACACAGACAGAAAUGGUUACUGAAGCUGAAGGAAAGGACCUGAUGAGUAAGUUUUGCUGUAAAGACUGAAGUGUGGACGUGAAGGACGUUCUCAUACUGAACUUCAAAGGGGUGGAGCUAAAAGAUCAAAAAUGAUCUGUGAUAUGUGAUAAUGUCCCAGCCAAUGACUUUGCUCUACAGGUGUGGAAACCCACUGUACAUAAAGACACGCCUCCUAAUGUUAGGGAGCGUCUAUAAAAAAAGCUCUUUGUUUUAAAAAGACUGCUGAGAUUAAAGCACAACUUUUACUUUUAUAUUACAGCUAUAUACCAGCUACUUCUAAAUGUAUAGAUUUAAGCUUUUUGUUUUCUAUUUAAUUGUUUUAUUAUUAAAUUGUUUUGUAUUUAUUUUCUCUUUGCCUGGAUCGUAUGAAAAACAUGUUUGUAUGUAAGUAGAGGAAAAUUAAGCAAUAAUACACUUGAGGUUUGUGAUAUAAUGUGUAAUAUUGGCACUGCUGUGCUGCGGUCGUAGAUCGUAGUUAUCACAGGAACCUCGAGUGUAUUAUUGUGAUUAUACCACAGUUCCAUUAUCUCUGUUUAUUGAAAGAUUUUAAAGAGUUAAAGAGGAGGAGAAAAUAGGAUCUGAUUGGUUAUAAAAACUGCGCCAGUUAAAACAGUUUCAUUGCUGCUCUGUUUGUAGCAGCGCUGUUUGGCUUGUAAGCGCUGCAUUGUUGAUAGGUUACCUGUAUGUGGCAGAGUAAUACAUGGAGAGCUUCGUUACAGUGCAUUACCGGCUGAUAAUGGUAGAACUCAUAGAACGCAUCUCAGCCAAUCAGAUCGCAGGGUCAGAAUUAACUGUGGUAUAAUUUAAAAUAGAAAAUACAACCCCAAUUCAAAACAGUGUAAAAUGUAAAUACAACUGUAAAUAAAACAGAAUGCAAUGAUUUACAAUAGAAUAUUUAAAACACAGAUGUUUACAGUGAGACAUUUUACUAUUUCAUUAAAUACAUUGAUUUUAAUUUACUAAUUAUUUUAACUUGAUGGCAGCAAUUUUUGCAAAAAAGUGUUUUUUUGCAAUUGGGGUUGUAGAAAAUAUUAAAAACAUUAUUUUGCGAAAAAACUUAAAGUUAAAUUAAUUCAACAUUGAAAAAUAGCACUUUCACACAGUUAAAUUUGUGUGAAAAGAUUGCCAUGCUCAUUGCUAUCUUACAUCCCGCCAACAGUCUAUAUUCACUCCUUCCUCCUGGUUUAAAUAGCAACACUGAGGUAUGUUCAGGUAAAUUUCUGGAGUAUUUUCUGGAAAUUUGCCUCAGUACUUGUUAAACAGUGGAAAAUGUAGCUUUUAUUAUUAUUGAAUUGAAAAGUGAAUUUGGAAAUGUAUAGCUUGUUAUUCAAAAAAAACUCGAUGCUGGAACUGAUUGUUGCUGUUGUGUAAAAUAAAUCAAACUGUUCUGUGGA